AUGUCUUCCAAGUACUUUCGACGGCCGGAUGAGAGUAGUGGGAGUGAGACGUCGGGGAGUGAGGAUGAGGAGGAGGAGGAAUCUGCCUCCCUAAGCAACGAUCUCUCAAAUAUUGAAAUCUCCCACACCGGCUCGCACGAAUCCAUCGCCAUCGACAAGAACGGUGGUGCUUUGGGACGAGAUCUCCUCAUUCACGCACUCCUCGAAGAACGAUGCCUCAAUCAAGUCCGCAGCGAGUGGAAUGGUCGCGAGGAAGGUGCGAUUCGGCAGGAGGCUCAGAGGAGGUAUCAGUUGCUGUGUCAGCAUCUGGCGCCGUUGAACUUGUUCUCGGCCGGGUUGGAGGGGGGUGAGCAUGGGGCUAAUAGGCAGUGGGUGCGAGAUGGCUUGGAUAGGUUGCCUCUCACUGGCAACCCUUCGACUUCACGGGCGUUGCAACGCGGACAGAGAACGCCGGUCCCGGGUCCGUUGAGACGAUAUUUGACAGACGGAGGUGCCUCACCUAUCUCUCGAAAUGGCAUAUUCAGCCCUGCAUCACCUUUUCGAGGAUCAAUGCAGCUAUACGAGCCUCAGACCCCACGUUACGCAAGCGAUUUCGAACACAUCGGUUUGCUUGGGAAGGGAGGGUAUGGAGAAGUUUACCGGGCGAAGCACAGAGUUGAUGGGCAAGUGUAUGCUGUCAAAAGGGUGCCAAUGGAUCCUGUCAAGAUCAGACGUACACAAGACGAUGGCCCUGAUGGAGAGGCUGCGGUGGACGAGAUCCUGAAAGAAGUUCGCUCACUAUCCCGGCUGUCUCACCCCAACAUUGUUCGCUAUAACAGCAGCUGGGUCGAAAUGUCGCCGACAAGUAGCUUUCAACCGCCUUCCAGCAGUCCAGAUACCGACUCGGAUGCUGUGCUCGGAACCACACCUCCGCUAUCGUUUGGAGCAGUAGCUCUGGACCGCAUCAAAACACAGACCGACACGACAGAAGAUAUGGGUCCUGGUAUCGCCUUCGACAGUGGAUCUCGAGAGGUCACAGGCGGUCGGGUUUCAAACAAUCACCUUCUGAAAAACACCAACGAUCACAUCAGCGAAAGCUAUGUCACGACCUCAGAAAAUGCCAGUCGGAAUGAUCGCCAGCUGUCUAUUCCAGGCCCAACCGUUGCACUCUACGUGCAGAUGGCGGAAUAUCCAAUGACUCUCGCAGACUUCAUAUCACCGAAGAAGAAAACAGAAGUCCAGCCGCUGGCCCACUGCUUUCAUUUUGAGCCAUCAAUACAAAUCCUCCUGGCCAUCUUGGAAGGCGUGGAGUACAUGCAUGCACAGAAAGUCGUGCAUCGGGACCUAAAGCCAGCGAAUGUCUUUCUGAAAGUCGAAGACAACCCCAAGCCAAACCCGAGCUGCAUCGACUUGUCGUCGUGUGCUGAUUGUAGGGCACAGAAGGUGACUGGCCCUGCUAACUUGAGCGUGUGUAUUGGCGACUUUGGCCUUGUUACGAACAUCACGCAGACUGGGGACCAGGACGUCUCGCCUCAGCGAGCUGUGGGUACCGAGAUUUAUCGCCCGGCUACGAGCAACGACAACUUCAGUCCACGGCUGGAUAUAUUCGCCGUAGGGGUGAUUGCGUGUGAGUUGCUAUGCAAAUUCGACACCCAGAUGGAGCGGCGACAUACGCUGCACGAGUUGAGGCAUGGAAAGUACCCGAAGCACUUUGCCAGUUGUGCUGGUCAACACGCCUCGCGGAUGAGGGAGUGUGUUUCCAGCAUGCUGUCUGAUGAUUCGGACGGUCACACUGUGGGGGAGUUGAAGGAUAUGCUGUCUUCUAUGCUGGUGAGCGAGGAGCCGGCGAUGAAGGUGGUGGCGAAAGAGGAAGUGGUUCGGAGUUCGAGCACUUGA